ACGAUUUCCAGAAAAAAAGCCCUGUUUCAUCAUUAAAGAUGUGAUUUUGAUGGUGAAUGUGUGCCUAAAUCUAGAACUACAGUUUGGGGAAACUGAGCAUCCUAUCAAUAUUGAGCCUUGCAGUCCAUGAAGAUGUUUCUUAAACAGUUAGGUCUGCACCCUAACUGGCAGUUUGUUGAUGUGUACGGGAUGGACCCUGAGCUCCUGAGCAUGGUGCCGAGGCCCGUGUGCGCGGUGCUCCUUCUCUUCCCCAUUACAGAAAAGUAUGAAAUAUUCAGAACAGAAGAGGAAGAAAAAAUAAAAUCUCAGGGACAAGAUGUUACAUCAUCAGUGUAUUUCAUGAAACAAACGAUCAGCAAUGCCUGUGGAACAAUUGGACUGAUCCACGCUAUUGCCAACAAUAAAGACAAGAUGCACUUUGAAUCUGGAUCAACCUUGAAAAGAUUCCUGGAGGAGUCCGUGUCCAUGAGCCCUGAAGAACGAGCCAGAUACCUGGAGAACUAUGACGCUAUUCGAGUCACUCAUGAGACCAGUGCCCAUGAAGGUCAGACUGAGGCACCAAGUAUAGAUGAAAAAGUAGAUCUUCAUUUUAUUGCAUUAGUUCAUGUAGAUGGGCAUCUCUAUGAAUUAGAUGGACGGAAACCGUUUCCGAUUAACCACGGUGAAACUAGUGAUGAAACAUUGUUAGAGGAUGCCAUAGAAGUUUGCAAGAAGUUUAUGGAACGAGACCCCGAUGAGUUAAGAUUCAAUGCAAUUGCUCUUUCUGCUGCGUAGUGGUCAGCAGUGGAAACACCAGAUACUGUAUUAUUUGCAACAAAAUUUCAAUGUCUGCUGCCAUACCCUAGCUCUAAUUUUUGAUAUUUUCAUUAACUUGACUGAUUAAAGUUCAUGUGAUUAAACUUUGA